CUCUGCGUCAGUCAAGUUGUAUUUCAUUGUUAAAGAGUGUUUUUUGUUGUGAUUUUAAGUUGUAUUCACCUUCCCUACCUCAUCUCACCCAUAUACAAGCAAUGUCGAAAACUGUGUUAUCUCCCCUACUCAACGAAGAACUUAUCAAGAGAGCUCUUCAAAGUUAUCACAAUGUAAACAAUGCGAGUGCUUUUAUUGUGAAAGCAUGCAAUUUUAAGCUUUCAUCGGCAAAUGGAGACAACUUUUGUAGCGAGAUAUACCAAGUGGAUGUACAAUAUGAAUUGAAUGGCAAUGCUGAGAAGCAAAAUUUUAUUGUGAAAAUUAUGAUACCGGAAAUAGCCGAAAUAGGUUCAAAUGAGAAAGAAAUGUUUAACAUAGUGCUGCCGGCCAUGGAAAAGUGUUUAAAUGUAGUAGAAGGUGAAAAUGAAAAUAAGUUAUAUGCCAAAUGUUUAAUAAGUGAAGCGAACAAAAGGGAAGAAUUUUAUGUUUUGGAAAACUUAAAUAGUUUGGGUUAUUACUGUGCAGAUCGCAUCAAAGGUUUAGAUCUACAACAUGCCCUAGUAUUGAUGAGAAAAAUAGCAAAAUUUCAUGCAGCUUCUAUGUUAUAUGCCAAACAAUUUCCUCAAGUUGUAAAAUCUCUAAGGGCUUCGCAUUUUGAGAAAGGCGCAUCUGAUGUUAUUGCACAAGCCAUUACGUUUGGGGGUUUUGAGUAUGUAGGCAAUAUGAUUAAAAAUUGGCCUAAAUAUGAGGCCUUGUCUGAAAGAGUACAUGCAGUGAUACCAAAAUUCAAUCAACUUGUUAUGGAAGUGGUCAAUUCAAAUAACUCCAAAUUCAAUGUCAUUAAUCAUGGAGAUUUGUGGGUCAAUAAUUUCCUGUACAAAUACGACAUAGACUCCGGCAGGCCUAUAGAUGUGCUAUUUGUGGACUUUCAAAAUUGUUUCUGGGGUAGUUGUGGUUUUGAUAUUAAUUGGUUUUUAAACACCAGUUUAGAAUUGCAAGUUUUAAGAGAAAAUCGCCUGCAACUAAUACAAACAUAUUAUGAUGUACUGCAGCAGACAUUGGAGAAGGAAAAUUAUCCUGCAUCAGAGAUUCCCAGUUUAGAAGAUGUUCUUAUGGAAAUCAGGCGUAGUGAGUUAAUUGGUUUAUACACUUCCUUAUGUGAAUUGCCAAUUGUUGCUUUGGAAAAGUCCAAAUCACAAGGAUUUGACUGUAAUACUUUCGGCCAGCCAGAAAAAAUGAAAGAAAUACGUGUUCUAAUGUAUGACAAUGAACGUGUAAAGGAUAUUUUAGAGUAUACUUUGAAAUACUAUGAGGAAAUAAAUAUGUUGUAAAUUUAAAAA